CUGCUGCUCUUCCCGUCGCAAGCGUGGGUCGACCCCGGCCGCCUCCUCCUCCGACAGGCGGAGCCCUCGUCGGUCUCCAAGCCUCCCGCGCGCAGCCACCACGGUGGUCGCGUCUUUAUCGCCCGCGCCGCUGAGCGCGCCUUCGGGCCUUCUCCCGCCGGAGCUCGCCGCCUCGGGCUCCUCUCCGCUGUCCGCCGUCGCCCUCGUCCUUCCCUCUGCUGGAAGGAGGGCGCCUUUCUUGGAAGGCAGAUCACCAACCAGAGGAGUCAUUUUAGCUUCAGAAGAUCUAGAUGGUUAGUUCCUACCAAACAUUUCCCCAAAAAAAGUUGCAUAUUGACCUCUUAUUAUAAGCAUUUCAUUGUUUUGAAACUACAUAUUAAUGGUGUGCUGUUUAAAUGAGGAUAAUCUCGCUUGGUACUAUGAUUGUAAAUAUAUGCAAACGAGGCUAGCAAUCUGAUCCUAUGAUUUCUGUUUUUUUUAUUGUACCUCAUGAGCAAAUGACAAAUAGAUAAAAAACACACUCACUGGUUAGUAACAUCUCAGAAAGGGGAACAAAGAAGUUUGACAAAUGGUGCUAAUUCAGCUAAUGCGGAUCUCAUAUUGCCCUUAGAAUGGGAACCUAGCUAGUCUCCUUGGCAUUUGAUUAUUUACCGAAAUUUGAAUGGCAAAACCUGCCAUUUAACAUAUUUUGCGAACCGCGUAGAGUUGUAUAAGGUGUUAUAAUCACUUCUCUCCAAUUUUUUUACUGAUAAAUGCUGUUUGAUGUUCCUUCAUAUACCAGAAGCUUUCUGUCACCCUUCAGACAAGGAUAAUAGGAGAAGCAGGGAUUUGCUUCUGCAAUACAGUGCACUUCCAUGUUGCACUACAGUUUGGUUAAGUACUGCACAAUCAGCACAGUCUAGUGUGGGAACAAAGUUAAAUAUGGUUUAUGAGGUCGGAGAGCUGUUUGAGCUGGGAAUUCAGCUGUCUUAUCUUCUCAUACUACUUGGUCUACUUGGAGCUGGUACAUUUUUUGUCAUUCGUCAGGUUCUCAUUCGUAGAGAGCUUGAUCUUUCUGCCAAAGAGCUGCAAGAACAAGUGAGAAGUGGUGAUGCAAGUGCCACAGAGUAUUUUGAGCUUGGAGCAGUUAUGCUACGGAGAAAAUUUUAUCCAGCCGCUAUCAAAUAUCUGCAGCAAGCAAUUGAAAAAUGGGACAGAGAUGAGCAGGAUCUUGCGCAGGUGUACAAUGCCCUGGGGGUCAGUUACAAGCGGGAUAACAAACUGGACAAGGCAAUCCAGCAGUUUGAGAAGGCCGUGGAGCUCCAACCAGGCUAUGUGACCGCUUGGAAUAACCUAGGCGACGCGUAUGAGCAGAAGAAAGACCUGAAGUUGGCCCUCAAGGCCUUUGAGGAGGUCCUCCUCUUUGAUCCCAACAACAAGGUUGCAAGGCCACGCGUGGACGACCUCCGGCAGCGCGCCAACAUGUACAAGGGCGUGCCUGUAAAAUCUGAAAAGCGAUAGCUGUAUUCCCUUUCGGGGGUAAAAUUGUGCAUUUUUUCAGUCCCUAUUGCAGAAUAGUAGUUCAAUUUUUGAACGGUAGCAUUUGUAAACAUGAUGAGAAGCUGUGGUAGCCUCGGAAUGGUCCCUGAAGGAAGGCAGAUGUAAUAUGCUUAUCUUGUUGGAGCAAUGCAGAAUGUCCUGUAGGAGCC